AUGAAGUACUCACUCACCCUCGCCGCCAUGGCCGCAGGCGCAUGCGCCACCAACCUCCCGAGGGUCGUCCUCGAGCGUGACCUGGCCACCAUCCAGGGUGUGAUCGGCGACGUCUCCACCAAGCUGACGGCCCUCAACGACGCGGCCCAGAGCUUCAGCGGCGACGCCGGCGCCCUGACGUCCGCGUCCAGCGACCUGUCCAGCACCAUCAAGUCGGGCACCAGCACCGUGCAAGGCACCGACCAGCUGACGCUCACCGACGCCGUGUCGCUGCAGUCGACCGUGCAGGGCCUGCAGUCCAACGCCCAGACGCUCGUCGAUAACCUGGCGUCCAAGAAGUCCGCCAUCGAGCAGGCCGGCCUCUGCGACACCGUCCUGCAGCAGUCCCAGAGCCUGUCGACCGACUCCCAGUCCCUCAUCGACGCCGUCGUCUCAAAGGUGCCCCAGGAGGCCCAGUCCAUCGCCCAGAAUCUCGUCGCCGGCUUCACCGCCAGCCUCCAGCAGAACCAGGCCAACUUCGCCCAGGGCAACUGCACCAACGCGAGCGGUGGCGGCGGCGGCGGUGGCGGCUCCGCCCCCUCCAGCACCGGCAGCGGUGGCUCCUCGCCGUCCAGCAGCUCCAGGUCUUCUGCAACCGCGACUGCUACUAGCGGCGGUGGCUCCUCCGGCGGCGGCGGCAACGCUACCCACACUGGCAGCGGCGGCGCUUCCCCGACCACGUCUAGCCCGACCCAGUUCACCGGUGCGGCCGUCGCGAACGGCGUCCCCAUGGCCGGUCUCCUCGGUCUCCUCGCUUUCCUCUUCUAA